CUGAGUCCCUCGUGUCUGCUAAGGUUCCAAGGCAGCAAGGGCCUGGGCUGUUCUCUGGAAGAGGCGGUCACGGCCCAGCAAUCGGGUACCUGGGUACGGGCCAUAGCGAAGGAGUGCCAUCCGUACUUCGGAACGGCAGAGGUGAUGGGCCAGAUCCAGAUGGAAUCGUCGGGCAGCGGGCACACGGCUAGUUUGCGCAAAUUGGACUGAUUGACUCCGUCUCCGUCUCAUUACGUCGCCGACCGUCGGGUCAAUCGUCACUCAAUAAUCUCCUUGUGCUGCAAGAGGAGACAAUUCGCCCUCGUCCUGACGUGGCACAACCUCAUUCAUUCAUUCAUUCACACUCUCUCUCUCUCUUGUCGUCCUGUCGUCGUGUGCCCGUCUCCUGCGACCGAUUGAGCCCACCCUAGUUUGGUGUCGCGACCGUCGUCGUCUUUCUACGCCACCACCCCCGACCACCACCACCCCCACUCAGUGUCUGUCUGUCUGUCUGUCUGUCUUCUGCUGCCCAGGACUCACUGACAGACAGCGCAGUGACUAACCGUGGUCCUGUACUGCUUGCGCCUCCCACGCUGCUGACACCCCCCUCUCUCUCCUGCCCCUCCACCAGGUCCAGUCGGUCGGCGCAAAAAGCAAAAGUUGGCGCCCACCUAAGGUCUGCCGACCGCCAAUCCACGCGCAUUCUGCCCACUUCUUCUCCAAAUCUGCAAGGAAUCUCCCUCACCGUGGUGCACACCGAAGCCGUCACUCAACUGUCCAGGACGGGCUCGCCCGCCCACACACCCUGGGGCGUUGGAAGGAGACAAUCACUGAGUGGACAGAGCCCUGGGUUCCUAGGUAGCUCGAGAAAUCAGGGUCAGACGGAGGAGAGCCCGUCUUGCGGCCGAGCACAGCAGCAAGCCAGCAGCCAGCAGCCAGCCAGCCGGAAAACAAGCAACCAUGGCCAGGGACAGGGAACGGGGAGACAGCAUCUCGCCGUCUGCCGGCCAAUCAAAACGUUCUGCAAACCAGCAGGAUAGCGAUUCAUUGGACAGCGACCAGACACAUCACAGUCAACAGCAUCAUCAGCAGCACCCGCGAACGCAUCACAAACCCCAGAGGCACCAUGUCGGUGGCGGAGGCGCCCGCUUACAUGCAAGAGUCCCGUCAUCCAAAGGACUCUCCAAGCACAACACCUCCGCAUCAUCCACAAAACUCAACCGAAGAGUCACCUCUCCCUCUCCCGAACGAAGCACCGGCCUUACUGCCGCUCACCGCCGACACCACUCCUCCGAGGUCAAAUUAUCCCGCGACCCGUCCACCACAAGUCUCAAGAAGAACCACUCCCAGACCAGCCUGAAGCGCAAUCGCUCCCAGGUCGAGGUCGCCAAGCGCUCCAAGCCCCAGAACCAGCUCAAGAGGUCUUCCUCCGAAAAGGCCGUCAGCAAGUUCAAGUCCUCCAAGUCCGCGGUGCACUUCGACCUCGGAAACGACGGACAGGAAGACGAGUGGAUCGAUGCUAGCAGCUCCGCGUCUCCCUAUCUGUCGAGGCGCGGAUCAGUCAACACAAGCGGUCAGUCGUCGGGCAAUGCACAGGGGAGCGCCGUCGGGAGUCCAGCAGGAGGUGUGACCGGCGACGAGGAGCCCACACCCCUGGCCGAACCGCAAAAGCUCCUGUUUGCUGGCGACAAGGAGCACAGCCGGACUUUGACAUCAAAGCUGCUUCAGCGCACGCCAUCGCAUAGCGCCACCACCGGCAUGUCCAACACAAUGGCCAUGGCCCGGGCCGCAUCACCCGAUAGUCGCCAUUCUGCGAGCACGCUGUCCGUGACCCCGGCACAGCCCCAGGGUGUUGUCGGGAGCAAUGGUCAAGAGGAGGUCACAUCACGCUUCGUCUCCCAGACCGCGGCCAGCUCGUUCACAGGCUCCGGGCCUAGAGGGCCCAGGUCGAUAGGAAACUUCUCCUCAUCAGCCAACAAUGGACUGUCCGGCACCACUGAAGUGCGCGACGACGAUGACUUGACAGACGAAGAGGACACUGGUGUGACCAGCAGUGCAAUAGCAACCACAGCUCGGUCAAGAGAGGUGGGAACAGUGGCGGCAGCACCAUCUGAGAAGAGCCGGACACAGCAGAAGAUCAACCUCCAAAGGGCCAGCUCGUCCAUGGAGCCGGUUCGUCACCGGCACUCCGGGAUUGGCGGCUUCGCGGCCGAGGUGGCCGAGGUGGCCGGUCCCUUGUUAGGCGGCGCAGGGUACGAUUCGCAGGAUCCCAGAGUCAACAAGCUUCUCGAGCGCACCGGGGUGGAGUACAACAUAGUACGUCGCUACCAGAACCCCGUCGCCCGCAGCUUGGUACGGCUGGCACAGCUCCCCGGCAAUGACAGUGCAAGGAGGAUACCCCGGCCCGGCACGGCCGGAGGUGCUGGUAGCCGCAGCUCUGUGAACCUGGCUGGUGGCGGGCAAUUCGGUCUCAGCCAGAGCUUCAGGGACGGUGCCAACGGCGCCAACGGGGCACGAAGGCCGGCGACUCCCAGGCGGGCCCAUACCACGAUUAGGAACAGUGGCACAGGCUCCAGCCUGGACACGGACGACGGCGGCGCCAGCAGAUUGCACGAGGCUCAGGGCCUGAGUGGGGCCAGCCUCGUCAAUGGCGACGACGAUGACGGGAUCCAGGCGAUAUUGAGGAGCAUGUGGGACAAGAGCACUCUAGACUUGGCCGCGAGCCAGUAAUAUCCCCGUACGCACUCACUCCAAUGGCCAGACGGCACGGAUUGAUGGUUUUUGUUUUGUUGUAAGCGGUUCCAGGAGGUCAUUCAAGCAGUCCCUGUCAUUUUGGACACUGUGAUCCCACUGGCCCAGUUUGUUCGGCGUUGGGGAUCGUAGCGUCACUGCUGAGAUAUCCACCAAUGAGGCAUGGAAAAGGUAUCUAUCUAGAGACGGCAGGAUUCAGGGUCUGAGGCCCCCCCUUUUUGGUUUCCUCGUUCAUAGCCGAGAACCACCAAGGAUGAACAAUAGAAGAAAGUCCACAGCGAA